UUGCUAGGGAUUUAGAAGAAACAGCUUACAAUGACGCCUAAUGACAGACUAGAUGAAUUACAGGAGAUUGAUUUGGAUGUUAGAGAACAAACUGCAGGAGAGCUGGGCUACUUUUUUAAAAAAUCAAAUCCAAGCUGCAGAAAGAUCCAAAGUUUAAUCACGUAGCACGGGGAAAGUCUUUUUGCAACCAAGGGGUCAAAUAAAAUCAGGGAACAUACAUUUUCACUGAUUCUUCGACAAUGAUCAUGCUUUAUCUAUUAAUAAUCAGAGACUGCAGAUGGCUUAAACCUCAAUGCAAGGCUCUUCCGGAACUUUCAUUAUCUGCAGCCCAUCCAAGAAUGCAUUAGGUACAAUUACAAUGUUUUUUAUUUUUUUAAUUGUAAUUUCAAUGCUAAGAAGUAUCUCGGACGUAAAACGCCUUUCCCCCUAAUGCACGCAGCCUCUGUAUAAAGCGCAACUGCUUAAGAGAAUACUCUAGCCUGUUCCAAAGAAGCAGCUCAGGGUUUCGACCGAACUGGGCUCAGAAGCCAGCUGUUGGCGCUGUCCGUGGUGCUGAGGAAUUCCCGGCUGCCAGCAGAAUGAGCUCCAAAUCAGCAGUCUGCGAACUGCUCUCAGCGAUGCAGAAACCCAGCUAAAGUUGCUCCUUUCCUUCACGUCCACAGUUAGUAUUUUCUGGUGUGUGAGAGGGGAUUCAAGCAACACAUUGUGGAUGAUGCUGAUGGUAUUGCUGGCGGAGCGGGGUUUAAGCUACAGCAUGCUGUUGCUGUUUGUGAUCCUCAGAGCCUAGCCAAAUCACCUCUACUGCCGUAGCAAAUACUGUGUAAGUGAACUCAUGUGUGGAGGAGGCGUAAUCAGCCGGGAAAUUUCAUAGAAGGAUCUGGGAAAAUGCUAAAAAUAAGUUCAACAUGAUUCUGCUACUGGGAUCUGGAUUUCUACAGAACCAGCAUUGCUGCUUGCUUUGAAUUCUGAAGACGGGUCCAAAGCAUAUUUCUUAUGUGUGUCUGCUGUGUUUCUCUCUGGAAGGGCGGGAGACUGCUUCUUGACUGUGUUUUGAAAUGGGAGGUAGAAAGAAUGGAUUGUCUUUAAUUCAAGCCUGAAAAUGUAUUCUUUGGAUAGUUAAAGAGGAACUGUUUCCUUAAAACAUACCUGAUCUUUUAGUUCAUAUUGGUCUAUGACCCCCACCACCACCGUUAACCUCCAGAGUGAUUAGCCUACCCCUUUUGUAUUCCCAUGGAAGGAGCUGAGUGUAUUUACUAUUAGGAGCACAUCCAGAAGCCUUUGAGGAGGGGGAUGGCUCUUCAUAUUCAUGAAGCUUGCAUACUUCUGUUGGUCAUCCCUGGAUUGGUUACCUCUGCUGCCAUCAGUCAUGAAGACUACCCUGCUGAUGAAGGUGACCAGAUCUCCAGUAAUGACAAUCUGAUUUUUGAUGACUAUCGAGGGAAAGGGUGUGUGGAUGACAGCGGCUUUGUAUACAAGUUGGGAGAACGAUUUUUCCCAGGACAUUCCAACUGUCCAUGUGUCUGUGCUCUGGAUGGACCUGUUUGCGACCAGCCAGAAUGUCCUAAAAUUCACCCAAAGUGUACUAAAGUGGAACACAAUGGAUGCUGUCCUGAGUGCAAAGAAGUGAAAAACUUUUGUGAAUAUCAUGGGAAGAAUUACAAAAUCUUGGAGGAAUUCAAGGUAUGAGUUACCCUUUGUAUUUAUUGAAUAGUAACU